AUGCCGUCUCCGUUCCUCUACCCGGGAUAUUCCUCAGAAGUUGGAUUCGCUAGUUCGACGAGUCCCAACUAUUUCGGGAUUGUUGUCGACAACUCGAGCAAUCCGCCUGGGUCCAGCCCGGGCCCUUACACGAAGAAGAAUUGGGAUGCAUUAGCCCAAGCAUCUUCCUCACUUCCGAGCCCACGACAACAGGCUGUUUCGCCAAAUAUGUCUCAGAAGCGACUUUUCGAAUUGGCUGGAUCUAACCAUGCGACUAGGGAUCACCACGUUGACUAUUAUCAAGAACCCGUUGCUCAGAACAUGAAUUCCAGGGCGGAUGCUUCAUCGAAACGUUCUCUACCCCAAGAUGCUGGCUUUUUCUCUUCCAUCCAAACAGAUAGGCGACAAGGAGACAUCGAUACGCAUAGGAACGAGAUGGAUAUCGAUCCUUCCAACUUCUCUCCACGUCGCGCAGAAUCGAAUAAGAUUUCCAACCCAGCCGUGAAGAUUCAAUCCUCUUUGAACUUACCAAUUUCAUAUUCUCCCGAUACUUACCAGUCGGGUUCUGAUUCCAGCCAGCCAAAUACAAAUGCAUUGCAUGAAAACCCUAAAUUAUCUUUACCUAUAGAUUCAGCCCGAACCUCGUCGAUCAAAGGUUCCCCUCGGCGUGCAGAGACGCUUCCUAUUUCACUAGGCCAGGAAAACGCCAAUUUCAUUUCUGCACACGACUGUGCAGAGCUACUUCAGACCGCACCGGAUCAAACUCUUCUCCUUGAUGUACGGCCGUAUCCUCAAUUUUCCCGGUCAAACAUCAUGGACUCUUUAAACCUGUGUAUCCCCACAACCCUUCUCAAACGGCCUUCUUUCAACACCCUCAAACUCAAGGACACCUUUAUUAGCGAAUUGGAGAAACGCAAAUUCUCCUCGUGGAAGACCUGUACUCACAUCAUCGUUUAUGACUCAAACACUGAGCAUCCGCGGGAUACGGUGCCGCUAAUAAAUGUUCUCAAGAAAUUCAAAGCAGAAGGCUGGCAUGGCGAAGGAGGGAUGCUGCGUGGGGGGUUUGCAGCCUUUACUGCCCUUUUCCCGAAUCUUAUUCGAGAGCAGCGACCAAAUGGCGAGAAGCCUCCAAGCAAACAACCCCGAUCAAUGAGCCUAAGUUUACCGUCUGUCGCCCCAAUCGUUGGUGGCUGUUCAUUACCUGACACCUCAGCUGCCCAACCUUUCUUCAAUAAUAUUCGCCAAAACAUGGACUUGCUUGGCGGUGUUGGACAGAUGCCGGUCAAGCUUCCAGAUUCUCUAACAUCGGCUCGUACCAAACAACUUCCUUUGUGGCUACGUAAAGCGUCGGCUUCCGAAGACCAAGGGCAUGAUGUGUCACAAAAAUUCCUGAAAAUUGAGGAGAGGGAGUUGCACCGUAUGCGAGAGGCACUAACCUCCAAUGCGGACUAUAAACAACAUUCGUCUACCAAAUUCCGUGUUGCAGGAAUCGAAAAAGGGUCCAAAAAUCGGUACAAUGACAUUUAUCCUUUUGAUCAUUCGCGAGUUCGACUUGAAGGUAUUCCUUCUGGUCACUGCGAUUAUAUCAAUGCAAACUAUGUUAAGGCGGAGCUCUCGAACAAGAGUUACAUUGCAACUCAAGCGCCUGUUCCGGCCACGUUCGAGGAUUUCUGGCGUGUCGUUUGGGGACAAGAUGUUCGAGUUAUUGUCGCCCUGACCGCUGAGGUAGAACGGGGACAAAUUAAAUGCCACCCCUACUGGGAGUCUGGUGAUUAUGGCCCUUUUAAAGUUAAAAUCCUGGGUGAGAGACGCGUAUCCAUGGACUCGAAAACGACCAAAAGCCCUGCAAUACAGGACACCCCCUCGCAACAGCCUUCAACCUCGUACUUGAAGUCGCGUGAGGGAGAUUUACACUCCCCCAGUGACGAGUCCCCUUUCAUUCUUGUGCGGCAUUUCGCCUUCUCUCACUCUUCUUAUCCCUUUAAGCCGAUACGAGAGAUUACUCAACUUCAAUAUUCUUACUGGCCAGAUUUUGGAACCACGUCACAGCCGAACCAUCUAUUGAAACUAAUUGAGCAGUGCAACAAAAUCACGCGAAUGAGUAGUGGACUGAGUCUCAACAGUGAUGAUAUCCAACCUCCUGGACAGCGGCCCAUUCUGGUACACUGCAGCGCUGGAUGUGGCCGGACAGGCACUUUCUGUACGGUCGACAGUGUGCUGGACAUGUUGAAACAGCAACGACAAGGUCAAUCUUCCAAUACAGCCUCUGCUGGUACAGACACCAAUAAGGACUGGGUGCACAAUGACACUAUAGAUCUCGUCGCAAAGACCGUCGAAGAUUUCCGUACGCAACGACCAAGUAUGGUACAGAACCUCAGUCAGUUUGUGCUGUGUUAUGAAAGCAUUUUGGAGUGGAUAGUUGCGAACACUGGUGAAGAACUGAUCUCAUGA